UUGAGAAUGUCCGAAAACAUAUCUUGCGAACGGGAGACGUCUGAGAAGUUUACAAAACUAAAGCUAGUGGAAGAAGAAAAUGAAGAUGACGAUGAAACACCAAAAGGAUCACCGGUGACAGUGAUGGUUAAACAUCGCGAGUAUGUGAAACUGGUAAGCAACGACAAUCACGAAUACUAUAUCCAACGUGAUCUGGCGGAAACAUCCAGAAUAAUUCGAGACAUGCUUCAUUGUCCUGGGCGAAGCACAUCAAACUGCACUGUCUACCUUCAUAUGGUCAACUCUAGAACACUGCAAAAAGUUUGCCACUAUCUUGCUUACCAAAAACAAUAUUUAAGAAGAAACGGAGAAAUCGAGUCAUUCAACAUUGAACCCGCAGGCGCAAUGGAUCUUUUAUUGGUUGCUGGCUUCCUUGAACUUUGAAGAAAAUGAUCAACUGACAAAUAUUUUGCAUCCUCUUUUUUAAUCCGCGUUUUUCAAAAAUUGGUUUUGUUCAACUAAAACAUUUUCAAUAAACAAAGUGAGACAA